AGUGUUGCGGAAUGAGAAAAACAGAAGUGUUGCGGAAUGAGAAAGACAACGUGCAUCUGACAACGUGACAGCAACUGGCAGUUACGGCUCUCAGAGGAUGGAGGGUCGCUGUGUAGGAACAAUGUCUUGGAGAAUCUGUUGGAUAAGUCUAUCUUUUCCCCCCUCUGCGCUGGGUGUCAACAUUCUCAAUGUCGCGAGUGGGAUGAAUUUGGAAGCUUCUCUUGUUUUCGCAAUUAAAUCCUCCCAUAAAUCUUCCCAAUCGACCUUCGUGAACGGGAACAACACUUGUUUUGAAUCUUUCAGUUGUGGAACGAGCCAGAACAAAUGGAAUUGCUGCAAAUCAAGGUCUUCCUGAAUUGUUACCCUUGUUCCAUUUCUAUUCUUCAAGGUCACUUUCCUCGGCUCCCUUGGAAUAUUGGUCGUUUCUGCUCCAAUUAGGUCAUCUUGUAUCUCGAAAAAGACAUACUUUGUGGAUGAUUCGAUUUUCUGAAAUGCUAAGAAAAGUUCUCUGACAGCCUUGGACCUUGAUAGAAAAGAAUGAUUUAUUUCAGGGUUAGAUCUCUUUCUUGGUACAUUAUUUUUCGACUCUUUUCGACUCUCUUACUUGCGUGACAUAGCUCGUUAAUUGGUUAAUUGAGGAAUAGAUCCUUUGAAGGCUUUAUAUAUGGUAUCUGGAGCCAAGCAUAAAAGUGUGGCUCAAUGCGUGUUCGAUUGCGGCAAUUUGAGCUUCAAGGUUUUAGCCUGUUCCUUGUGACAAAGUAACAUUUUUCGAUAAAUAUGACCGAGUAUUUUUUAUCUCGAUCAUCAUAUUUCCUAUCGACUGAUGUCUAU